AUGACAAAAGAUUUCAGGCCUGAGAGCACAUGUGCCCCCUGCAGGGAGCUCGUUCUUGACCUGAGCAGCCCACCCUCUGGAAGUUGCCCUGGCAAUGCUGAGAGAAGGCAGCAGGGGAAAGCCUCAAAUCCCGGGUCCAUUAACACCCCAAAGCCUCUGGAUGAAUGUAAGAAGUGCGACAGAGAGCAAGAUGACAUGGGCAAGGCAGCAUCUUCAUCAUCGUUCUUACCUUGUCAAGGAACAAACCAACGAGGAUUCUAUUCAUCUUUAUGUAACAAAGGAAUAAAGGAAGGUUUCCCACACUCUCCAUUUGCAGAUCUCUGCGUGGGAGAGCUGCAGUUUCACCCAGUGGGCAGGGUUGGGUUUCUGUUAGCUGGCCUGCAACCCCCUGUGCUCUGCCAACACACAAUGAUCAGUAGCAUUCCUGAAAUUCCUGACAUAGCAGAGAAGCCAGGCUUGGUCCUGCGAACGCCCUUGAACUGUGGUUCUGAACCUAAUGGGACCAGCCAGAAGGAAUUUAACAACACAGUGAACCAGGUGAAGCUCCUGAAGGAGGAUCCGGUCAAUGAAGUGAAGCUGAAACUCUACGCACUCUACAAGCAGGCCACUGAAGGACCUUGUAACGUGCACAAACCAGGUAUGCUGGACUUUAUCAAUAAGACCAAAUGGGAUGCAUGGAAUGCUCUUGACAGUCUGUCCAAGGAAGCUGCCCAACAGAACUGCGUGGACUUGGUGUCCAGUCUGCUUCAUGAGCCCCCCAGCUCAGAGGCACCUGCAGCAGACAGGAAGCAACCGGAAAGCGACAGCCUGGUGGUGACCUCCGAAGACAGCACCACCACCAUCCGGUUGAACCGUCCAACCAAAAGAAAUGCUCUCACCACUCAGAUGUAUCAUGACAUCAUAGCUGCACUUCAGGCUGCAAGCAAGGAUGAGUCAGCCAUAACUGUUUUAACAGGCAGCGGGGACUACUACUGCAGCGGGAACGACCUGACCAACUUCACAAAUCUGCCCACCGGUGGGCUGGAGAUGGCCAGGAGCAGGGAGGUCCUCCUGAGGGAUUUUGUCAACUGUUUCAUAAAUUUCCCGAAGCCUCUGGUGGCCGUGGUCAAUGGGCCAGCUGUGGGGAUCUCCAUCACCAUCAUUGGGCUGUCUGACGUCAUGUAUGCGACCGACCGGGCAACCUUUCACACCCCGUUCAGUCACCUGGGCCAGAGUCCAGAAGGCUGUUCCUCUUACACUUUUCCCAAGAUAAUGGGCUCAAGCAAGGCGGCAGAGAUGCUCCUUUUUGGGAAGAAGUUAACGGCCCAGGAAGCGUGUGCCCAAGGACUCGUUACUGAAGUUUUUCCUGACGGCACUUUUCAGAAAGAAGUUUGGGACAGGCUGAAAGCAUAUUCAAAGCUCCCCCCAAAUGCCAUGAGAAUUUCCAAGCAGAUCAUCAGAAACGGGGAGAAAGAAAAGUUGCAAGUGGUCAACGCGGAAGAAAGCAGUGUCCUGAGGGAGAGGUGGCUGUCAGACGAGUGCAUGAAUGCCAUGGUGAGCUUCCUGUCCAGAAAGGCGAAGCUCUGAUGACCAGCACGGCCCAGCCGGGUGCCUCCAGGGAAGCGUUGUACCGCUGCUCCCGCUUGUCAGUCCCCGAGCCGAAUAAACCUCGCUGUGCCUUCUUUCAGUGCUUAAAUACCAGUCGCUAUGAUUGUAUUGUGCUGGAGCCUUGACGGAAAACAGAUGAUGUCAAACGCGCUUGGGGAACUUCCGUUGACUUUUGGCCGGGGGUAGUCUCAGCUCUCUCAACAUGAACCGCUGUUGCCAGGUGCACUGGAACAUGCUGCCCGGCGCCCUGCUCUGGAACGCGUUCAUCGCGUUGCAGGCUGAGACCACAUGUUUGAAAACCACCGCGGCGCUCUGCCGCCCUGCACAGGGUCACCGACUGGAUUGCCCGAACACCAACAACCUCUGCGAGACCGAGGCAAGGUCUUCGGUGGGUCGUAUGUUCUUUCUCAGC